AUGGCAGCACCACUCUACGUGACUCAAUCUGGAAGGCUAUGGCACGCAGGUCUCAUUCUCAUCUGUACCGUCGGUCUGCCAGCCCGAGGCAAGACGCAUCUAUCUCGAGCACUGGAACGAUACCUUAGAUGGCUCGGAGUCAAGACUCGCGUGUAUUCCUUGGGCGACUACAGGCGAAAAGUGCUCGGGGGAGCGGAUUCCUUGCCCUCCGAUUAUUUCGUAACGAAUGCGCCGCGAUCAGGCUCAACCGACGCAUUACGCCAAAGUAUAAAAAACCAGCUGGAAGAUCAGAUCUGGGACUUCUUCACCGUCCAGGGCGGCCAGGUGGUCAUCUACGAUGCGAACAAUGGAGACAAGAUUUCCCGUAAACAAUGUUUCGACAAAUUCGAGCCGAGAGGUGUUCAUGUUAUCUUCAUGGAAUCCAUUUGUGACAAGGUUGAUAUCAUCGAAGCGAACAUUCGAUCUGUCAAACUUUCAUCACCAGACUACGUCGGAUGGGAGGCGGAAGCUGCGGUCGCGGAUUACUGGUCACGUAUUCGAGACCAAGAAGCAGUAUACGAAUCAGUGACCGUCGACGAAGGACCUUUCGUCAAGGUCAUGAACGUCGGCGAGCGGAUCGAAGUGAAUCGAAUUGAGGGGUAUCUUCAAACGCGGUGUUGUUUCUUCUUGAUGAAUAUACAUACGACACCCCGGACCAUCUACUUUGCACGCUCUGGUCAAUCACUCAUCGAACACUCAUACAAGGCCGAUUCAGACCUCUCACCUGCAGGUUGGGAAUACGCCGAAAGGCUCAAAGCUGCUGUUGCAGCGCGUCGAAAAGCCUUACGAGAGGAGAGAAGAGCGAACGGAGAGACAUUAGGGACUGAGAACCCGUUACUCGUUUGGACGUCUGCUAGGCGAAGAGCGUACCAUACGGCCUGGCCAUUCGUUCAUGCGGGGUACAAGGUGGAGCAGAAACCGAUCAUGAGUGAGAUCAAUCCAGGCGUGUGGGAUGGACUGUCGUCUCAAGAAGCGAUGGAGCGGUAUCCAGACGAAUGGGAGAGAUUCUUGGCUGAUCCAUAUGCGCAUCGUGCGCCGAGAGCAGAGUCUUAUCACGAUCUGAGUGUACGACUCGAGCCGUGCAUUUUUGAGCUCGAGCGAGUGAGAGACGAUCUACUCAUUAUUGGACAUGCGUCCGUCAUCCGGUGUCUGCUCGCCUAUCUCGUCGGUCUGCCACCAAAUGAAGUCCCGGCGGUCGAGAUCGCCCGAGGGGAUCUGGUAGAAGUGACGCCAGCGUCAUACGGAGUCAUGACCCGAGCUUUCCAUUUCUGGUCCGGUGAAGGUCGAGGUGAUCAAAGUGGUCAGAACCUCUAUGAGAACUUUGCCGAAGCGACCUCUGGGAAGGGGACUGUCCUUCCUGAGUCUGGAGUCAACUUUGCAGCCGACGUGGAGAAUAUGGAAUCAGAAGCAGCGGAAGAAGAAGCGAAAGAUAAAGAGAUCAAAGCGGAAUUGGUGAAGGAUGCGUUGAGGAAGCGGUUGGGGAGUACAGAUGGGACGAGGUCAGCUCCUUCUGAACCUCAGGGAAUGGGUCCAGGCGAGGAUGCAAGGUCUCACAAGGCUAGGCGAGCGAGUAGAAGUCGGAAAAUGGAGGUAUUCACCCCAGAGGAUGAUGAAGACGAGGAUGAAAAUGAGGAGGAGGAUGAGGGGGAGGAGAUCGCCGGUGGACCUGGAGGUUUUAAGACACCCGAAGGGACGCAAAGUAUGAUUUCCCCUCAGCGUCUUCAGAAGAGCGUCUAG